AUGUCUCGACCUAAUUCACCACGUACUGCGAUUAAUACACCUUCAAGAGACAGAACACCUUCUUCUAAUGGCCAACCUGUCAUAUAUUACUCACAGCCUAUUAAAACCACAGGUGAAAGACUCGCUUCUCUUGUUGGCGCGUCAUUAACUACAGUAGGUGACACCAUUUAUGUCUUCGGUGGAUUCGAUCAAUAUACAGAUGAAAUCUAUAAUAAGCUAUACAAGCUCGACUAUAAAGAAUCAUGUCAAUGGACACAAGUCAUUUAUACAAAAGGAGAACCACCUGCAAAACGCAAUGACCAUUCAGCCACUUUAUGGGAUAACAAUAAACUGGUCAUCUUUGGUGGCAACUCAGAAGAAGACAAUUACUUUAAUGAUGUGGCUAUUCUUGACUUGACUACCAUGACAUGGUGGCAUCCUCAGACGCAUGGAUUUAUACCUGAAGGACGUAUUCGACACUCAGCCACUAUUUAUCAAGAUAAACUGUAUGUAGCGGGUGGUAUGUGUGUCAGCGACACUGUUUCUUUUGCAGACACUUUAUUGACAUUGGAUCUCAAGACAUGGGAAUGGGAAACACCGAUUCCAUUUGUCAAACGUGUGCAACAUAUGAGUUUUGUCUAUCACUCGCGUCUGUAUGUCUUUGGUGGCUUAAGAGAAGACAUGAGUCGAUCGAAUCAUUUGGCCUUUAUGGACCUCUUUCAGCCUGGUGUAACACAGUUGGACAUUAGUUCACCUUUAGCACCUUCUUUAGCAGGUCAGCGAUUUGCUCAGAUUUGUGGCGAUCAACUGAUUGUGUUGGUCACUUUACCCUUUCGUGAAGCUGCUAUGUUAGAAGCGCCUAUGACUGGUCUAUGGUCUCUGGACUUGCCUUCCAUGCAAUGGCAAUUCAAGGAAUCCGGUGCAAGAUAUGAAAGCUGUAACUGGCACUGCUUUUCUAUGGCUGAACAUCAUACUUGGUUCUAUUUGUUUGGCACGAAUGAAUCAGAGCCUGAUGAAUACUUUAGUAUGGUACUUAAAGUCGAAUUAGAAGAAUUAGGGAUCGUGCCUGUACCUCCACCUCAACUAGGCACAGAUUUAAUCAGUUUAUUGCUCAAUCAACAAAGGCAAGGCACAGAUUUUGCCAUUUACUCCUCGACAGAGCCACAGGCACCGCCUAUCCUUGUGCAUCGACUGGUAUUGUAUGCUCGUUGGCCUCAUUUUGUUCAUUUGAUAGAGAGUGGUAUGGCAGAAUCAGUCACAAACUCGAUUACGAUGUCUGAACCUAUCUCUACGCUUGAAAGCUUUGUACGGUAUCUUUAUACAGAUACACUUAGUGAUCCUAGCUUUACGACUGAUUUGAUUGCUGAUUUGAUGGUCAUGGCUCAUAUCUAUCUGUUGCCUCGCUUACUUGCUCUGAGUGUACGUCACUUGUUUAAGCAGAUGGAGAUUGAGUCAGUCAGUAAGAUAUACCAUGCUGCUAGUCUAUCUGAGCAAAGAGGACUUCAACAAGCCUCUUUACAUUUUAUAUUUCAACACUUUGGUGCUGUCUCACAUACACAAGGUUUCCGACAAUUGCCUGCUUCUGUUCUAUUUCAAAUAUGGGAUGAUGUUCCACUUAAUGCAGCUAUUGUUAAACAAAUACACAGAGAAGAAGUACCAUUAGACGAUGAUGAACUGAAUCCUAUAGAGCAUAUAGAAGAAGAGGAAGAGGAAGAGGAUGAUGACAUGGUUGCCGUCAAAGCUCACGAACUCCGUAACAAGAACAAGGCCGAGCUCCUCAAGAUCCUUGAUGAACAAAAGCAACAACUUGCCAGCAUCCGUGUCCAAAAGGUUGCCGGUGGCCGUGUCCAAGAAAUUGGUGAAGCCCGUAAGAACGUUGCCCGUGUUUUGACUGUCAUCAACCAAACCCAACGUGAACAACUCCGUCUUUUCUACCAAAAGAAGCGUUUCACUCCUUUGGAUCUCCGUGUCAAGAAGACCCGUGCUAUGCGUAGAGCUUUGACUCCUUUCGAAAAGUCCAAGAAGACUGUUCGUCAACAAAAGAAGGAAGCUCACUUCCCUAUCCGCAAGUACGCUGUUAAGGCUUAA